AUGUCGUCAACUUCCUUAUCCGUCGCGCAUUCCCUGUCAUCAACGCAAGUAGCAGCAGCAUCAGGAGACGGUCCAACGGCUCGAGACUACUCUAACCGCACCGCGUCCUCAAUGUCCGCGUCGCCUCUCCGUCCUCGAACCCCGUUUCGCGGACCAAACACCCCCUCCCAGAUAUCCCAGUCCUUCGACGUCCCCAACUCCCCGUCCUCUUCCGCCAUUCCCCCCCCUACCCCCGAUGACGCCGCGCGCCGCCUCGCCAUCCGCCUGCUCAUGGGGACGAAGCCUAACGCCGAGUGCCUCUCGCCGUCGCGCACCCCUCGGGGGGGCGGGGGCGGAAGGAGCGAGAGUGGGGGCGAGCGGACGCACUGGCGCAGCUUCUCGAUGAAGGAGCGGCGCGAAGGAGGAGACGACUGGUCGGCGCGGAUUGCGGCGGAAAAUACGGGUGAGAGCAGAGUCGGGACGAGAUCUCCGGCGCCCGAGGGGAGCUGGCGGCUGAUGAGCGCGCGCGGAGGGAUGCGCGGAAACAGCAGUACGGAUCUCGCGGGGUAUGCGCGAAUGCGGGGGGACGACGCGGCGGAGGCGGCUGCGUCGGGAGGCGAAGAGGACUCGGCUGACGAUUCAGAGAUGGACGAAUGGGGGAGAGUGGGGGGCAUGGGGGCGAACGGAGAGGGAGAGGAUGGGGAGGAGGACGACGAGGGAGAGGAGGAGGACGACGAAGAACCGGAGACGCUUUGGCGACGAAGCAGCAGCAGCGGCACCCGACUGAACAGCAGCGCCGGAGGCGGCGAGGGCGGCGGGGGUGGCGGGGGCGGUGGGGCCGACUGGGACGACGGAGAGGUGACAAUCAGGGUUGGGUCCAAGUGGUUUCCUAUUUCCACGUUAGCGUCGGUUCCGCCGUCGCAGUCGCCGUCGCCGCCGCCUGCCGUCGCGGGCAGCUUCCACGAUCGCGUGCACCUCGCGGAGGAGCGACACAGGCAGCUGCAGCUCCAGCACCAGCAACAGCAGCAGGAGAAGAAACAUCAGCAGCAGGAGGAGGAAAAGCAGAAGAAAGCAGACAUAAGCAGGGUGCGCUCCUUCCUCGAAACUCUUCAGCGACCGAAAACUGCGCCUGCCUCUCGAGCAGCAGAUGCUGCCGUGAAUGGCGGUAGCAUCAGCAGUUCGGUUGAGAGCGGAAAAGGCGGGAAUGGCAGGAAUACUGCCGUCAGUAACGCCGCCUUAAACGGCGCCUCGAGCGGCAAAAGCGGCAGGACCUACCAGCAGAGUAACCUGAGCCACCGACAGGACCUCGACGGCUCGAACAGGUACGGCGGUAGCAUUAUGCGCCUCGAGAGCGACUCGUCGGACGACGGCCGCGCUGACGUGGCGGAGCGUAUGGACAGCAGUAGCACAGACGGCGUCGGCGGCGGUGCCGGCGGCCGUCGCGGCGGGUCGAACAGCAGCGACAGCAGCAGCGACGGCAGCCCGCGAUCGGCGGCGGCGACGACGGAGGAGGUGUGGGUGCUGUCGAAGCAGGUCGCGGUGCUACAGCAACAACUGGCCGACGCUUCCGCCGCUAACUGCGAGCUGCUAGAUCGCGUGGAGCACAAGUCGCAGGCUUUAGCGGAGGCCGAGGCGCGUCUUAAAGACAUGCAGCAGUCGCUGCGCGGAAUGGAAGCCGCGUCUCGCGACGUGGAGGCCAAGCUGCGCGACGCGCGCGCGGAGGUGCAUUCGCUGCGCGAGGCGCAAGCGGAGCGCGACGCGGCCUGCGCGGAGCGCGACGCGAUGGCGGCGGAGAUGGAGGCGGCGCUUAGCUCGUGGUCGCGCGCGCUGGAGGAGGCGAAGGACGCGCGCGACGAGGCGCGAGAGGCGGCGGAGGCGGCGGCCGCGGUGCGGCAGAAGCUGGCGGAGGCGGAAGCGGAGAAUAAGAGGCUGUGGCAGGUGAUGGACCUGCUGAUGGCGCAGCAGAAGGCGCGCGGAGGGGGCGGUGGGGGCGGAGGCGGAGCGGGAGUUGGGGGUGGAGGGGGCGGGAAAGCAUUCCUUGACGCACUAACUAGGCAGGAAGGGGGGAACGGAAGCGGCGCGAGUGGCGGAGGUAUGAGUGCUGCUGGGCUGCGCUCAGUGCUAGAGUCACUGCGCGCCGCCUCUGGUACCGACUCUCACCGAGCAGCAACAGGGGACUCCGUGGUGAGAGGCAGGUAUGCGUCUGUGCGAGUGUCAGUAGCCGGAUCAACAGCAGCAGCAGGAGGAGCAGGAGGAGGAGCAGGAGGAGGAGGAGGAGAAGUAAGGGACGUUUGUGGUGCGCCGGCAGUGGGACGUAGCAGCAGUGCCGGCAUUGCCGGCAGUGUUGCAGGUGGCAUUGCUGGUGGCUUUGGUGGCAGCAGAAUUGCUCGGCAGCAGGUGCAGGAGCGAGGGGGGGUGAGAUUGGGGUAUGGAGAGAGCAGUGCAGCAGCAGCAGUGGUGCCAGAUGCAAUGCGUGUGGCUGGGCUUGAGAAGGGCAUGUUCUGUGCCUGCUAG